UUUACCACUUGCACCGUGUUAGACCACUUCGAUUGCAACACACUCUUUACAGCUGAACUUUACUGGCAGUGGAGAAUAACAAAGGGUGUUUUCGAUUUUCUGUGAGAGGUCCAAUACCACCCAAACAGAUUUUUGAAGAUUCUUUUUUCUGCUGAUGCGUGGACAUCUCUGGAAUUAACACUUGACAUUGAAAAACGUGACGAGGCCCGGGAAUCCUCGGGGUUUCCUGAGUCGCCUGCCCAAGAAUGGUCUGAUUGAGCAAAAAGACACUUCACCUUUCGUCUCAUAUGGUGUUCCUGCUCUUUAACUUACAUUGUACUGUGGAUGUGCGUGGCUUGCUCGAUAAUACACAACUUAAUGGCAUAACAGGUGGUAGUGUAUGCUACAAAGUAGCAAGCCGUAAUUUUCACUAACGUUAGCCCAAGGAGCUAACGUGAUAAGGAAUCAUAAUUUAGCUAGCCAAUUCGCUAGCUAUUCUUGAAGAGCUUGCAAAACAGUCCGCUUCUUCCACUUGCUUUUAGAAAAGACUUGGUAUUAGCUAGCCUAGGCUAGCUAAUACACUCAGGGUGUAAGGGGGACGUAUCGCCGUUGCCCUGAAUUCGAGACGUAUCCCUGGCUCCGGCCGCCUCAAGCGGGCAGUCAGGAAGAAACUGGCCGGGAGGGGAUGGCCUGGUGGGUCUUCCCGGCCUCAAGGAGCAGCGGUGUUUGACGGAGGGAGCGUGCGGAUAGAAGCAACGGCGAGUCGCGGCGCGAUGAUGGCCGCCUCUCCAUCGGUCGCUGGUUGCCUGAGCGCAUCAGGUAUCAGCGGCCGUAAGAGCGAGGAGAUAGCAGAUCUGAUCGAUUUGUUCUCGAAGAUGCAAUACAGAGCCAAGGAAAUCACUCCCGGGGUGGAAAGGAUAGAGAAGCGCUGUCUGGAGCUGUUUGGCAGAGACUACAAGUACAGCAUCAUCCACAACACCAACGGUGAUGUUUGCGGGCACUAUCCCCGACAGAUAGUAUUUCUGGAGUACGAGUGCACCGACCCUAAUAAAGACAGGUUUGAAACCUCUGUUCAGAUUACCAAGCUGCAGGAUUUGGUGAACCGCAGUAAGAUGGCUCGCUGCAGAGGGAGGUUCGUGUGCCCAGUCAUCCUGUACAAUGGCAAGCAUGUGUGUCGCUCGUCCACUUUGGCUGGCUGGGGGGAGUUGUAUGGACGCACCGGCUACAACUACAUCUUCUCAGGUGGCACUGAUGACACGUGGGCGGAGUCUGAGGAGGUGCCAGAGGACGAGGGUGCAAGGAAUGGGGACUCCCAGCUCUUUGACAAAGUGCGCGGCUCGGACAUCAAGCUGCUGCGCUACCUCUCGGUGCGCUACAUCUGCGACCUGAUGGUGGAGAAUAAGAAGGUCAAGUUUGGCCUCAACGUCACCUCCUCUGAGAAGGUGGAUAAAGCCCAGCGCUAUGCAGACUUUACCCUGCUCUCCGUGCCUUAUCCAGGAUGUGAGUUCUUUAAGGAGUACAAAGAUCGGGAUUACACUGCGGAGGGGCUGGUGUUCAACUGGAACCAGGACUUUGUGGAUGCUCCUUUGACAAUCCCUGCUUGCUUUACCAAGAAUCUGAAUAUUGAUUGGAGGGCAUAUCAGUCAUGGGAUCUAGUUGAACAGACUCAGAACUACCUGAAGCUGCUUCUUCAUAUCAUAAACAGUGAUGAUGAGAGUGGUCUGCUGGUGCACUGCAUAUCCGGAUGGGACCGGACGCCUCUCUUCGUGUCCCUCCUGCGCCUCUCCCUCUGGGCGGACGGGGCUGUACACGCCACUCUGGAGCCCAGCGAGAUCCUGUAUCUGACCAUCGCCUACGACUGGUUCCUCUUCGGUCACAUGCUGCCUGAUCGUCUCUCUAAAGGGGAGGAGAUUUUCUUUUUUUGCUUCAAUUUUUUGAAGCACAUUGUCUCUGAGAAGUUCUCGGCUGUAAGAAAACAGAGAAGGAAAAACUCUCACUUCAAAGACACUGAUUUCACAGUGGACGACCUCUGCCAACUCAAGUCCAGAGAUCGGGGCAGUGCCACCAGCCUCAGCAGUGAUUUCUCCCUCAUCACGGAGGACUCGCCGGCCGCUGCGGCCGCUGCUGCCCCGGGCUCCAGUCUGACCAACGAGGCCGUGGACGUAUUCUACACUGCUCCGCCCAGCAGCGGGAGGAGAGCCAUGAUGUCGUCACCUCAGACGGUGGUCUGGAACCGCCCGCACCCGCUAGAGGAGCGGCUACCUCAUCCACUCUCGGAGGGCAAGUCCUCCAGCUCCUCCUCCUCCAACCAAUCAGAACAGGGCUUCACUCGCACCGGGAGCAGCCCAUUGGCUGUGCCAGGAAGAAGGUCUAUGGCGGAGUACGCGCGCUCCGGCUCGUCCCUCUCCACCGACUACGGCAGCUGGCAGAUCGUGUCGGGCUGUGGUAGCAUCCACGACCACGGCCCCCUCCAUGCCGAGUCGCCUCUGCCCUUCAGCUUCCAGGACGAGGGACCCAGCAGCCGCAUUGAGUACGUGCCAGAGAGGCAGGCUCGUCUGGAGGCGGUGAGGGAGGUGUUCCUGGCGGCGUACAGCUCCACGGUGGGGCUCAAGUCCACGGCCCCCAGCCCGUCGGGCGCCAUCUCAGGGCUCCUGGAGCAGUUUGCCCGCGGCGUGGGUCUCCGCGGCACCAACAGCAUCGUCUAAGCGCCGACCCCACCCCACUGUUAAACUUAUCCUGUCUGGGCCUCUACCAUAGCACCUCAGCACCUCAACCCCUCCACUCUCCAAAACCUGUACCUCCUUACCCCCCCCCCUCCUUUCACACACCUCUCAUAAUACCUCUACUGAUCCCGGUGUCCCUCGUACAGCCCUCAUUGUUCAUCCCUCAUGUACACAACAUUGUUUGUGUACAUGCAUACGAAUCUCCUUUACCCUAGCAACUCAAGCACCUCAAACCUACACACCCCAAAGCCCAUGACCCCCCCCUGACAUUUUCUUCUAUCUGGCCUACUGUAGCAGUCCUGUCCCCCUCUUCCCCCCCCCUUCUCCUGCUCCUCACCGGAUGGACAUGGGCUGUCUGUGUGUAAGACAGUGGAGUGACUCAAAGACUGUUGAAGGAGAACAUACUCAAAUGCUGGUUUGUUAAAAUCUAUUGGAAGACAAAAAAGAGAGGAAAAAGUGCCAAACUUUAAACACAGGGGCUGUAGUUCUUUAUUCUUUUAUUUUAUGUUAUGAUUUUAUUUUUUUAUGUUAUUUUAAAAUGUGCUACCCCUAUUUUUUUAAGUUGAGGUUGAUCCAGCUCCUUUUUUUCUGUUUCCUUUGUGUCCGUGUUACACAUUUCUAUUUGAAGCACAGAGCUGGCAUGUGGAUGUUUGGGAGGGGGGGACAUUUGGGCUUUUGAAAAAACAGCAAUCACAUCCAGCCAGAGUAUCAAAAAGGGAAGCUCUUUUCUGUCUCAGCACUAUACUUCCUCUGAUAUUAAAAGAACAAGAAAUGAACAAGAAAAAUCUACAUAGCAUUACCAGAAGAAUAGCAUGAUGCUCUUACCUGAUAACCUUGAUACAAUGCCUUUGUCUUGUCUCAAAACUGUCCUGAUCGUUUGACAGUGCCCCAUCACUAAGCUGCACAUAUAUGACAUCAUAGAUUUCGAUGCGAAUAUCAAAGUUUACCGUCCCACUUUUUGAACGGUUUAUCCCACAGUUUGCUUUCAUUUGUUUGGCAUUCUGUGAUCUUAGUGACCCAAGGGUGUCAGGCUGCUGGCUUUUCUAAUACUAAUGGUUUAGUGUAGAGAACACUGUUCAACAAGGGCAGCAUUUGAAAAUGUUUUCUUCCCUUCUAAGGAAACGGUUUGAGAUUUUACAUUUUAAGGGAUGGGAAAAUCUCAAAAGCUGCUAUUGGGACAUUAGAUCAUGCCCUUGAGUAGGGUAUCAUUGCAGCUGAUCUAUCUCUGCAGAUCUUACUUGACUGUCGCCUUUCAUAUCAGUGCAAUGAUGAAAGAAGUUUAUGAUGUGGAUGUCCGAGUAAGAGGUUGGCCAAGAAAUUUGAAUGUGGGCCUAUGUAGAUGUAGAUGUUUUGUUUUGUUGUUUCAAAAUGGUCACGUUCUUAGAACAUUUCUAACAUGCUUUGAAGAUCAGCAUGUGUUAAGGAAUGGAGGGACGGGUACAGAAAGACGCUCAUGAUGUAUGUCUUUUCCAGUCUGAUCUGUCUGAAGUCUGACCUUUUUCAUAGUUCAGCUGUGAAACAUUUUGCUGCUCUUGUCUUGCCUUUGGUUCCUCAGGUCUUCAAGCAGAGAAGUAUUUUGCUAGCCAACCUGCAAAACCCCCUUGCCUCUGCGGUGCUUGUAGUCUCUCAGUGACUGAUUGGACACCUCUGACUCCGUGUGUAUGUUGGUGCUCUUGAUGUAUUACACACUGAUACAUUCAAAAAAGCACAAUUUCAGAUUAUUCAGUCACAUUAUAUCAACUUUCAGGUUUAGUUCACAUGGACAUGCUAGAUUAUUGGCCAUUUGGUUUUGCUUUUCUGCUGAUGUGUUCAUGUUGACGGAUUUAUCUGUUAGAAAUAGAAAGUCCAGAGCAAGCACUUGCCUUGUGUGGUGGGGACGGGGAGAGCCAUUUUAGAUCGGCGGUGUUGGCAGUUGAAGCACAUUGGUUGCCUUGACAACAGGUUUGUUCUAGUUGGCCUAUUUCUAUUACUGAAACCAUUUCUAGCAGGACACUACAGGUGGUGAUCAGGUUCCUCAGCUAUAAGUGUCCGUUUGAUUUUUUAUACACCAUAGCACUGACCCCUGGUCAUUUGGCCAUACAACUACAAGGAAAUAAUGCUAAUUUGUUUUUUCUUGGUGUGAUGCAAGAGGCAUAAAUGAGGGUUAUGAGCUGUCUGCUACUUUCAGAAACAUGGCUGACUUGAGGACAGCAGUACAUCAAGUACAACAAGUCAUCUUUAUGAAUUUUCAUACGAUAAUGCCAAACUGUUUCUAACAGCUUCUUUACCUCAGGAAAAUUUGUUGUGCCUUUUCCUUUAGUAAAGCUAACACUUAUUACUUAUGGCAGACAGCAACUGCUUUUCUACCACAUGAGGUUGUUCUUACAAUGCUUAGCUGAGCAAAUAGACAUUUGAAAUAUAAUUUGUCACAUGGUCAUUCUUCUUCUUUUUUACCUUAGCUAAAUCUCUACUUGCCAUUCAUUUAAUAUUGACAAGAAGAAAAAUGGUUCAGUCAUCAGGGUGAUCCAGAAAGGUGUGUGUGUGCGCUUGAUUGGUUAUGACUUUGUGAAAGGAAUCCUGUUGUCUGUGUUUGUUGUUUUUGACUUCUCUAGUUUCACCUUAGGGAACAUUUUAUUUUUGGUUCCUAUCCAAAGUGAGUCCGGAAGUAAAUGUUUCAUGUUCCCAACACGAUCCAUAUACUAUCUGGAACGAAGGGAACCUGGAACUUACAGUGAUUAUCCAUCUGAUCCACAUCUAUGUGAUAUGUCAAUCAAGACAGUGAGUUGUCUACCUUAAUCUCAGGAUGAAUCUAAAAUGCCAAGUGUUCUAUCCUUUCCCCUCAACCUGUCAAUAUUCCGCUUUAAUUUAGUUAGAACACAAUUUUUCAAUCCUCAUAUAUUUGUGUGUUUUGGCAUAUACCAGAUCCUUCCAAGUCUUCAAUACCAGAAAGCCCAAUGAAAUCUUGCUGGCUUUAUUUGAAGAAAAAAAAAAAGAAGCAUAUUGUUAAGGGGGAAAGGAAUGGAGUUUUAUUGGUGACAGAACUUUUGAUUGACAUACUUAAACUGUCAAGGUGAAUGAAGUAAAUGGGCUCCUUUGAACUGCAGGGACUGCGGUUAUGCGACGACGUGACUUGUAUCAAUUUUGCACGUGCUUCUCACGUUACUUACCACAACUUUAGAAAUCAUGACAAAGUUGCAGUUACUUCUUAGAUGGACGUGUACCUGCCCCCACCCCCAUUCACUUUUAAUCUUAUUUUUUGUUCUAUUCAGUGAAAUGCUGCAUUGCACUCAUUGUCCUUACAAGACUAUUUUUAAGAUUUUGUUUUCCUUUGUAUAGUUGAUUUUAAUUUUAAUUUUAUCAAUUCUUUAUUUGAAUAUUUUCUUUUAAUUGUUGCCAGAGAUGUGUAGCCUAGGCUGCAGCAAAGAGUAUGUGAUUUUUUUUUCAGGUGGAUGUUCUCCAUUAAAGAGACAAAAAUGAAAAGCAA